AUGGACGAUCCUCUGGAUGAAUCUCAGGAUGCCUCCGAUGGAUACGAUGCAGACGAAGAUGCCGAGGGAUCAUCAUAUUGGUCUGAGGAAGAAGACAACCCAUUGCCACAGGAAACGGACAAUGAUUAUGACGGAGAUGCAGAAGGAUGA